CGCACCAAAAACAGCGGCGAUGGUGGGAAUGUCAAUAGAGCGUGAUUUGAUGUUGGGAGGUUAACAGCAUUUUGGGGGAAAAUGCUGUUCUCGUGGCUUAUUUUGCGUUUUCUGCCGUUUUUUGGAUCUAUAUGUGUAACAACCUCAAAUCUUAAUUUGUACAUGGAUGCAAAGGAGACGAGGAGAUUGUUGGGUCUCCAGGCAGAGCUUUACUACGUUCGAGAUGGCAUCAUCAACAGCUAUGCCCUGUCCUUCAACCUUCCAGUCAGCGCCAAUAUCGAUCACAUCUGUUUUACCUGGCAAAGUCUGAGAGAAAAUCCACAGAUGUUCUACAGCAUGAAUUUCUCGGUCUCCAACCCACGGGCCAUGAGAAUGCCGGAGCCGGACAUCAGCCUGAGUGGAAUCGUGCCCAACGAACUUUCAGAGUUCAAGGUCACUCUUCCGUGCUCGGGCCUGAUGAGCGCUGAGGUGGACAUCCGCAUGCAGAUGAACAUUAACAUAUUCUCCGCCUCCAACCUGACGGUGCUCAACUUCAAGCGUCGGAAAAUCUGCCUGAAAGACAACUCCAUCUGGGUGAAGGAUCCCAGCGGUGCCAUUCCGGUGGGUGCCAGAAACAGCUCCCAGCUAUACAAAGACCUGGGCCAGACGUUUUCAUCGUCCACAUCCUCAGAUGCCUCGACUUCCGGACUGACGACGUCGACCCACAUCUUCUACAUCGCCGUGGGCUGCACGUGCGCGCUGAUCCUGCUGACCGCCAUGGCGGUGGCCGUUUACUACCUCAACUCCCAGCGCUCCAUGGACCGCUACUCGCGCCGCAUCAACUACUAUGACAGCAGCAGUUCACAGGCGUUGACAGCUCAAAGCCAGACGUUUUUGCGCCCGGACACACCCAACAACGCCAGCGGCACGGGUCUUCCCAACUUCCGGCGAGGCAUCUCCCCAGCAUCGGAGCUGAAGCCCACAGACAUGAAGACAGUGCUGAAAGAGAUAGCAAUUGAGAGGAAAGCCAUCACACUGGGGGAACUUCUGCUGGAAGGAACAUUUGGCCGGAUAUACCAUGGAACUGUCCUGUGGGAGGAUGAGGAUAAGGAGAGCAAGGAACAAGAAGUUGUUGUCAAGACCGUCACAGACCAAGCACGGCCAGACCAGGUAUCCCUGUUUUUGACUGAGUCAAUGAUGCUAAAGGGCAUGGCACAUGUAAAUAUCUACACCGUCCUAGGAGCUUGCUCUGACGACGCUGGUGCACCACCAUUGGUUGUCUACCCUCACACCAAGGAGGGAAAUAUGAAGAAAUUCUUGCAGAAGUGCCGCAUGUCAGAAUGUGGCUCCAGAUAUACACUGAACACACAGCAGCUUGUGUACAUGGCCAUACAAAUCAUUCGUGGGGUGCAAUACCUUCAUCGCAAAAAAAUCAUCCACAAAGACAUUGCCACAAGGAACUGCGUUGUGGACCAGGGCAUGCAAGUCCUAGUAACUGAUAAUUCUCUGGCCCGUGACUUGUUUCCCAACGACUACAACUGCCUUGGUGACAAUGAGAAUCGGCCGGUCAAGUGGAUGUCUGUGGAGGCGUUGGUCAACAAGUGUUUCUCACCUGCCAGUGAUGUGUGGGCAUUUGGUGUGACUUUGUGGGAAAUGAUGACGCUUGGUCAGCAGCCAUACGCAGACAUAGACCCCUUCGAAAUGGCUGCUUACCUUCAAGAGGGCUACAGGAUUGCACAGCCACAUAAUUGCCCUGAUGAGCUGUUUGCUGUGAUGGCGUGCUGUUGGGCAAUGUCUCCAGACGAAAGACCAAAGUUCACACAGCUGCUUGUCUGUCUACAAGACUUUUAUACAGCCCUUGGUCGCUUCAUCUGAUCAUUGAUUUUCACUUCAUCACUUGUUCACCAUUUGGUCAAUUCACCUGAGCCAUAUUAGACUGAACUGCCACCUCAGGACUCAAAACGCUUGUCAAGUAUUUUGUUUCACUUAGGCUGAGCAUUCUGGGACCUGUCUUUGGUCCCUUGAAACAAAAUCAGCAGUGAAGAUCUGUCCUUGCAGUAAGCUUGCAUGCCAACUGAUGAUGCACAUUCAUUGACACUAAAGAGGACAGUACCUGCUCUGCAGUCUCCCUUUCUGAGAAAGAGUGCAUCUGACUUAAAGGAUCUAUUUUGGAUCACCUUAACCAGCAUUUGUCAAAACCAAUCCAAUGCUGGUUUGUGAGAUUGUAGGAGUUUUGCAUCUUAUGACUUAUGUGCUGGCUUCUUCGUCAAGGAUGCCAGUGAGCAGACAACCUGCAAUGGGGAUAGAAAUCUUCUUUCCAGUCAACAGUUUCUACUAGAGUUUUGCAAUCUAAGGAAUAGACUUGCAAGCUGGCCCAGGGCCUCUGCAGUAUGCAGAAAGAACAAGACACUAGGUGGAGUUUUACAGUAAUGAGUUUACAUUAGCCACCAAGCAGCCUGAAGCAAGCUUCUAGACAAUACAAAAAACAGAGCACAUUGUUGUGAACCAGACUGUUGGCAGAGAACACCAGUUUUAUUGCAUGGGAGUUCAGCAAACCUUCAUCCUGCUUGAUGCUCACCAGAAGUAAUCAAGUACAUGCUUUUGUUUGAUGUAGUGGUUGAGACUUCACCAUCUUGAUUAUUUGGCAGACAUAGACUUUCUUCCUGCCUCUUGCCGGUCACCACACAUGCCAUGACUGCCAAACAAAGAUAGCUUUUGUAUUUUGAUGCUGACAAAGGUGCCCAAAGGCACAGUCAAGAAAACUUCGUUGGAUCACCACAGGGCACAUUUUGUAUUCAAGCAUGUCCCAUUUUUUACAGGCCAUUUUAUUGUCCAGGGCUUUGAACAGUUUUCAAUGAUGGCACCACAAUUUUUGGUGAGCGUAUAUAUGACAUUUCAUGGCAGACUUGUCUUCCAAAAUAUUUAUUACUUGAACAGAAGAAUCAGUGAGCUUUUAAUAUGAUGACACAACCUCUUUGUUAGGGUGUGAGUCUUCACAGAAACUCUUUUGUCUUUAUCUCACAGUGUGGAAAAAAUUAUCUCUGGUCCUCUUUGUUUGUUGCUGUAGUUUUUUUUUUUUAAUUCUUGUGUGUAUUCAGAAUAGACCUAUGACCUAUUCCAAAGGAUAAUAAGUUACUGUAGAAUCAAAUAUUUUAAACCUUGCCAUUCCUACAGUUUCUUUGCAACUAGCUUUAAAAAAUAGGAGAAUCUGCUGUUUUCUUGCUAGAGAAGGAGAGUUCCUAAAAGAGGGAAGAGACACCAAUGGGUGAUCCUAGAAUAAUGGCCUCUGCUGAGCACUGAGCAAGAGGUCCUGACAGUGGGUGGCAUUUGAACAAAAUCUAUCCUGACACCACUAUAGCACCACAAACACCAUGCAUAACCCUCUACCUUUUGUUUUUUCAAAUAAUCCCAGGUCAGUGCUGAGUGUGUAGAAAAGCAUAAGGUCCAGUGAGAAUUAACAGUUCUAAGUUAAUCCAUUGAUGCACACAUUGUUAAAAGCUGCUGGAGGGGCAGGAAAUCAAGUGUGUAUAUUGAUAGGCAUAUUUGAUUCUGUGAUGAGAGGGCUAGAGAGUGUAAGUGUGAAUAUGUCUGUACAUAAACCUGUGCAUUUGUUUAAUAUCUACUUAUACCAAGAUGAGUAUUGAAUUCCCUGCAUUGUUUGGUCUGACAAUCACUGCCAUAUUUACAUACCCUACUUCUAUUAUCAUUGUCGUCGUCAUCAUCAUCAUCAUCUCAAUAUGCUGCAUUUGUAAAACAUUACUUUUUCCUAAAUAUUUUGAGUGGAGCAUCUUCCUCCUGAACUUGUCUAAAUACUUCUGGAACUUAUUCACAGACUCAGAUGGUAUUAAUGUGAAAGAUUUGCUCAUGCUAGUUUCAAGACUGCAGAAAGAUAUAAGGUUGUAUCCUUUUGACAGUUUCCAAAUAUGCUGUAGAGCAGUGGUUCUCAAAGUGUGGUCCGCGGACCACUAGUGGUCCACCUGCAUAGGUCAGGUGGUCCGCGGCUGACAGUUGUCAUAUGUCAGCAAAGUGAUGUUUAAAGCGAUGCAUUCCUCGCAUUAACAUUUUAAUUACAAAGAAUGAGGUAGUUGUAUGUCAACUUAUUACUAUACUACUGUCACAAAAGGAGGUUUAGUUUUGUACAGAGUGAGUUUUAGGCCUUGGUGGUCCGCCAUCUUUUUUUUACUUAAGUAAAGUGGUCCGCAGUCCGAAAUACUUUGAGAACCACUGCUGUAGAGGGUCAUGGAGCUUUAUUUAUAACACUAGGACUAAGACUACCCUCAAGGGACAUAGAUAUAAACCUUCAUUCUUGUAUAUUGGCCUUUUCAGUCAUUUACUUCAGGUUGUGAGGGCAUUUAUGUAUGCUAGUUUUUAUUAACCAUGUGAAAAUUUAGGAUUGUGCUGACAUAGACCAGACUUAUCGCCAGUAUGUUAUGAAUCAUGUGAUUUUUUUCAAGAAGUGUGUGAUCUGUACUGAGGUAUACAAGUACAAGAAUGUCAGCAUCACCCACAAAUUAAUCAAAACAAAGUUACCAUGACUUGUACAACUUUUUUUUUAAAGCUUGUUUUGAUGAUGCUAUUGUUUUAUGACAAUCAAUUUGUGAAAGAAAUGCAGGAGAAUCAAUAUGGUUAGAAAACACCUAUUUCUUUGUUUUUAUAAUGCCUACAUGAAAUUACAGAGUACAAAGCCUUGUUUCUUACUUUAAAGGAAAAGAGUUUAUUUACAGUUUUAGUAGAUUUUUAAAUUUAUAUGCAACUCUCUUUUAUUUUCCUUGUAUUCAAUGCUUUCCAAUCAGAAUUAAAAUUAAUAAAUGCAUCAAACUUUGACCCCCCCCCCCCAAAAAAAAAAAAUCACAGCUUAUCUGAAUUAUAGAAUAUAUAGAGAAUAUAUUGCUGAGUCUAAGUCAUAUUUUAACCCUUAGAAACUAAAAACUGACAAUUUUCAAAAUUCAAAUGUUAAUUAGUAAUUGUAAUUAAUUUGCAAUUUUUAAGGUAUAUGUAUGUUGUUUGCAAAAGAGAAACAAAUUUUAAGUUCUUUUCUUCAUACAAACCUUAAAUUCUAAUUUUAUUUUUGUCAAGUGAAUAUAUUCCUAUUGUAAUGGUACUACUUUGCUGAUUUUACGUUCUCCCAAAGAAUUCAUGACUGGCAGGAUGAUGUAAUAUAUUAGUUACGUCUUUCAUGACCAUCACAAUAGACUUAUGCACUGUGCAAAUGAAUUUUAAUCUUAAAAUUUAACAGUUGUGAAGGUUUGGGGUUAUUUUUAGGUGGGAAGACAUGGGUAGAAAGGUCAAUACGAAAAAUGGAUGUGCACUAUGUAUGAUGGCCUUGGUGACUUUACAAAAUGGCCAGACACAUUUUAAAUUUUACUGAACAGAUCAUGGGCUGACAAGUUUUGAACCAUAUUUAAUGCACUAGCAUCUCAUAUUUGUUGUUUUUAAACUGGUGACUGUAAAGCCAAAAGUUACAGUAAUGACUAUUCAUGAUGGUGCCAUCUGUAGGUGUGUGUGUGAAAGAGAGAGAAGCAUGGACCUGUGUAUGGAGUCCAUAUGCUUUUUUUUUUUGGUGCAGCAUUGUAUCAUAACUUGUGUUCCUGCAUUACCUGCACACUCUUGUAUCUAGCUCACCUGCUACCCCACUUCUUUAUAACCCUAAAUGCUUUGUAAACUGCUUUGAAUGUACUUGUAUAUUUAUUAUGCAUUUAAUGCAUCAGUCCUGAAAAGAACCUCCCUCACCCUUUGUUUAGCAAAUGUUGCUGUAAAUUAUGCAGAACUGGCCUUGAGUUCUGGGUGAUAUGAAAACUGUUUUGAAUUUUGUAGAUAUGCCAUCUGUGAAAGAAUGUUCGUCACAUGCAUGCCGUUUAACUGCAUGAUUUAAGUAUGGAGUGGUUUAGUUUUUGUAUGAUUGUAUGUAUUACACAGAUACAAUGGAAGAAAGGUAGCUUUCUGUUCAGGGGUAAUUUUUAGUUUGAUGACAUCAGUGCGAAAGUUCCAGAAAGGUUUUUUUUUUGCAUGUGGCUUUUUCACAUUUACUCUUUCUAGAUAAAAAAAAAAAAGAAAUAAAACUUUCAUCCCUGUU